AAUAACAUAGUUAUGAAUUUAUGUUUCCUACUUCUCUCACUCAGUGGACUCGUCCUUGUGACCGGGGAUCAGAUCAUUCUUGCAAUAGAAGCAGAUGGAAUUAAAUUCGCUGGAUGUAAUACUUGCCAGUUACUCGCAUUUGAAGCUUUCGUGCCUGGGAUUUGUCCUGUGACUGAGCAACUCACAACAGCCCAACUUAGUGAGGUCAUAGCGAACGCAGAAAGUUCAAACACACAGCCUUACAAUUUUGAUCAACUGAUCGUAUGUUGCGAUGGCACUUCGGCUUCUAAUCUACUAUUGGAUGUUCUCCGAUAUUCUAUCAUCAAUGAAAUCACCAUGGACAAAUGCACACAAGAUUUCUCACCGUCCAUGGCAGAUUUUGUCGUCAUCUACGGACUUCAGAAAGUGACCAUCAUUUCAUCAACCUCAACUGAUUACCCAAGAAACAGACUGGACCUGACUCAAACAGAUGAAGGAGAUACGACCACAAAUUACCAGAACUACCAUAUCGUUCUUCUCUACCAAAACCUUUUCGAUGGAUCCAACGGCGUCCGAGGUUUGAGUGUAAUUUAUGACCACACCUCGACAAAUCUACCAGCAGAAAUGACCGCAGCCCUUCAAAGAGCACCAUCUAGUGUUACCUCAAAAGGAGACAACACUUUUCUGGCUUCAGCAAUUUAUGGAAAAAAGAACCAAGAUAUGUAAA